AUGGGUGGAUCAGAUGAGAACAGACACGGAGUUAUUGGUCCGAUGAAUCUACAAGGGGGUUUACGUGGAGGAAAGGUGAUUCCGACGAAUGGGCAGACACGAAGAGCACUCAGUAAUGUGAACAAGAACAUCAUCGGAGCUCCGGUUUAUCCUUGUGCUGUCAAUAAGGGACCUUUGACAGAGAAAAAUGGGAUAUGUCAGAAGAAGAUUCAACCUGUUCCUGUGCAUCGACCAAUUACUAGGAAGUUUGCUGCUCAAUUAGCUGAAAGCAAUCCUCAAAUCCAGGAGGAAAUCAAGAAACCAGAAUUGGUUUCGAGCGAACCAAUAGACAGAAUCAUAACAGAUGUGGAAGAAGAUGGAGACUUUAAUGAGCCAAUGUUUGUUCAGCACACUGAAGCCAUGCUUGAGGAAAUUGACAGAAUGGAGGGUAUUGAAAUGGAAGAUUCCGAUGCUGAAGAAGAAGAAGAAGAAUCUGUGCAUUACAAGUUUGAGCUAAUGGAGGAGACGCUUUACCUCACAAUCAAUCUCAUCGACAGGUUUCUUGCGGUUCAUCAUCAUGUCGCAAGGAAAAAGCUCCAGCUUGUGGGUGUAACAGCUAUGUUGCUUGCUUGCAAAUACGAAGAAGUCUCUGUUCCAGUUGUAGAUGAUCUCAUCCUGAUCUCUGACAAGGCUUACACCAGGAGAGAAGUUCUUGAUAUGGAGAAGUUAAUGGCGAAUACCUUGCAGUUCAAUUUCUGUCUCCCAACUCCAUAUGUAUUUAUGAGGAGGUUUCUCAAAGCUGCACAGUCUGACAAAAAGCUUGAGCUUCUAUCAUUCUUCAUCAUCGAGCUUUGCUUAGUGGAGUACGAGAUGCUUCAGUACACUCCUUCUCAGUUAGCUGCUUCAGCGAUCUACACUGCUCAAUCCACGCUUAAAGGAUUCGAGGACUGGAGCAAAACCUGCGAGUUCUAUACAGGCUACACCGAAGAAAAGCUUAUGGAUUGUUCGAGAAAGAUGGUUGGUUUGCAUCACAAGGCAGGGACAGGGAAGUUAACCGGUGUUCACAGGAAAUACAACACAUCCAAAUUUGGUUAUGCUGCAAGAGUUGAACCAGCUGGGUCCCAACGGUUAAGGUCACACGAAUCUCCAAUGACUUGA